UCUUAACUAAACAUGUGUGAUGAGGAAGAGACCACUGCUCUGGUGUGUGAUAACGGCUCUGGGCUGGUGAAGGCAGGCUUUGCUGGAGAUGACGCACCCAGGGCUGUCUUCCCCUCCAUAGUGGGUCGCCCACGUCACCAGGGUGUGAUGGUGGGUAUGGGUCAAAAAGACAGCUAUGUUGGAGACGAGGCCCAGAGCAAGAGAGGUAUCCUCACUCUCAAAUACCCCAUUGAACAUGGCAUCAUCACCAACUGGGACGAUAUGGAGAAGAUUUGGCACCACACAUUCUAUAAUGAGUUGCGUGUGGCCCCAGAGGAGCAUCCAGUACUGCUGACAGAAGCUCCACUCAACCCCAAAGCCAACAGAGAGAAAAUGACCCAGAUCAUGUUUGAGACUUUCAACGUUCCAGCCAUGUACGUGGCCAUCCAGGCUGUGCUCUCUCUGUACGCCUCUGGCCGUACCACAGGGAUUGUUCUGGACGCCGGCGAUGGUGUGACGCACAACGUACCUGUGUAUGAGGGCUACGCCCUUCCCCAUGCUAUCAUGAGGUUAGAUUUGGCGGGCAGAGAUCUGACUGACUACCUAAUGAAGAUCCUCACAGAGAGAGGCUAUUCCUUCGUCACCACCGCUGAGAGAGAGAUUGUGCGUGACAUUAAAGAGAAGUUGUGCUACGUAGCGUUAGACUUUGAGAACGAAAUGGCUACUGCAGCUUCUUCCUCCUCACUGGAGAAGAGCUACGAGCUGCCAGACGGCCAGGUCAUCACCAUUGGUAACGAGAGGUUCCGUUGUCCAGAGACCCUCUUCCAGCCCUCUUUCAUCGGUAUGGAGUCUGCUGGUAUCCAUGAGACCACAUAUAACGGAAUUAUGAAGUGUGACAUUGACAUUCGCAAGGACCUGUAUGCCAACAAUGUGUUGUCUGGUGGCACAACCAUGUACCCUGGUAUCGGUGACAGAAUGCAGAAAGAGAUCACUGCUCUGGCUCCCAGCACUAUGAAGAUCAAGAUGAUUGCUCCACCUGAGCGUAAGUACUCUGUGUGGAUUGGUGGAUCCAUCCUCGCAUCUCUCUCUACCUUCCAACAAAUGUGGAUCAGUAAAGAUGAAUAUGAGGAAGCCGGACCAUCCAUUGUCCACCGGAAAUGCUUCUAA